CUCCGUGGGUAUUUUUUAUUUUAAUAAGAAAACGUGUAAAUGAAUUUCCAAAAAAUUUAACGGUGUUGCCAGGUGUUACCAGGUGAAUGUGACCGUUUUGUGCUGCGUUACUUGAGACUUUCCUGAAGGGACAACGGUGCAGAAGAAAGUAUUGAAACACGAUAGUUCAUAAUUUUCGUAUACAGUGUAUUUGUUAGAAAUUAAACUAUUACAAUAGAUGUGAAUUCAAGUGCACCGACAAUUGAAUGUUUAACUUAUCUAACAUACGUGUUUCAAAUCGUCGACACUAGCAUUGCGUACGUCCCACAAAGAUCUCUAACUUUUUUCUUAUUCUCGCGACGAUAUUUCCGUGUGAUUCCGUUUGUCAACCGAUGCAUUUUCUAUCGUUUUACGAUAAUCACAGAGAUUCGUUUACGCGUUUAACGAAUCCCGCAGCGUUUUAAGCGUAUACGCGUAUAAUCGGUCAACAAAUAUUUGGAAUGUUACGAUGAACCGUAAGAAAGCCUUCAGCGACACGUUAAACGUAAUCUGACAAAAGAAGUGUUAGACUUGAUGCAUCGAUCUGAAAGCAAGAAAAAAAAGUGCCGACGAAUACAAGAAAGUCGAAUGGAUAUAGGCACGGAUGCUACAUGAUCGUAAGUUUCUUGAAAGGAGGAGGGACUGCGAGUGCAAGUAAGAGGAAUGUUGUCUCACAGGUGUACGUCGUAAUGCUCUUCCGUUACGCCUCUCGAAAGAAAACGUAAUCGAGGCUGAACUCGCCACGUGAACUCAAAAAUGCGGAGAGCGUCUAGGAAUUGUCGGUAUUCGUUCGCGUGACUCUGCCGUGCGAUUGUAUGACGUUCUGUAGUGAAGUGUGAAGGAAGUGCAAGUGGCAGAGCGGUUCAGCCAGAAUUUACCAAGUAACAUGGAGUUGCCGUGGAGAAAUGCGGUGGCGGACCUGUCGACCUUCCUGAGCACGAGGACGCGGAUUUUGUUUGCCGCUGUUUAUUUCAUCUGGAUCGCUGGGAGCGCCUGCGCCACUGAGACCCUCCAGGAACCGCGCUUCACCACUCAGCCUUCCAGCAGCGGCAAUAUUCUUAGCGAAAAUCGAACGAAAUUUCUGCAGUGUCAAGCGAGAGGACAUCCUCAGCCGAAGUACAAAUGGUUCAAGGAUGGGGUGCCUCUCAGCAACGAGCUUACCUCGGAACCAUAUUUUCGAAUACAAAGUACACGCAGAGAGGACGCGGGAGUGUAUCACUGUGUCGCCACGAACGACGUGGGGUCCAUAUUUAGCGAAAGAAUUACAUUCGCGGUAGCGUAUAUGGGGUUGUUCGAGGACCUCACAGAGAGAAUAGUAACCGUAAAAUCGGGCAGUGCAGCUGUUUUAACACUGCCUCCUGUAGAAAGCCAUCCUGCACCUGACGUUACGUGGUUCGCGUCGGACGGCUCGUUGUUGUACGGGAUAAAAUAUGCGUCCGCUCAUCAUACUUUGCUCAUCUUGAACGCAUCCGAGAGCGACGAAGGCCUGUACAGGGCCAGAGCUAUUAACACACAGUUGGGCAAAGAGGAGAACAGUCCAUUUUUCAAGCUGCAAGUUACGGGAGACGCGAACGCGGAAGUGGCACCCACUAUAAUAGUGAAACCGCAGGACACGCAAAUAAUCAAAGAUCAGGAUGUCACUUACAUACAUUGCAUCGCGAAUGCUAGGUCGCUCCACGAGUUACGUACUCUUUGGACGAAAGACGGGAUUCCGAUCGAGAACUCCAGGAUAUCGUACAGCUUUAAUGACUCGUGGAACAGGACUUUGGCGUUGAUAUCGGCGAACAUAACUUAUACAGGGGUGUAUUCUUGUCACGUGGAUUUGAGGAGCGGUGGAUACCCAACGGUGAACGCGAGCGCAAAAGUUGUCGUGUAUGAGAGACCAAUGUUCAUAACGGAAUUAAAACGAGAAACUCUUAGCGAUUAUGGAUCAACCGUGACGUUACCGUGCGAUGCUAUUGGUGUUCCACCUCCAAAAAUUAGUUGGUUCCGUAAUGCUGAGCCUGUUGAUCAUUUACUUGGAUCCAGAUACGCAAUGGAAGAAGAUGGCUCCUUGACAAUUAAAAAGUUAACAAUGAACGACUCUGGAAUGUUUCAAUGUCUUGCUUCCAACGAAGCUGGCGAAGCAUCCAGUUAUACCUGGUUGAAAGCUAAAAAAGGAUUAGAAAGCAGACUGAAAAACAGAGUUAUCCGCUGGGCAGCUGGCUACAAUGUAGUCAGAGUUCGCCAAUCUGAUCGCCGUAUUAAGUUCUCUCGAUAUCCAGACACGUCUGGACCAAUCAUGGAAAAUGGUCCUCAGAAUUUAACGAUAUUAGAUGGAAAAGAUGCAACGCUAACGUGUAAUGCUGUGGCAGCUCCCAUACCCAACACUACGUGGAUUUACAAUGAUACGGUUCUCGUGGAGAUCGCAGGCAGAGUACAAGUUUUAGAUAAUGGGGAUCUUUUAAUUGCUGCUGUGAAACCAAACGAUGCAGGAAAAUACACGUGUAUUCGAGCUAACGAAGCUGGCUCUGUGAAUGGUUCCGCAUAUCUUACUGUUUUAGUACGGACACAGAUUAUUCAACCACCUGUUGAUACGUCUGUACUUCUUGGAUACACUGCGGAAUUACAGUGCAAAGUUUCGAACGAUCCAAGCGUUCUGUACGAUAUAGCUUGGUUUCAUAAUUCACAAGUAAUAAAUACGCAAGCCAGUCAAAGAGUGAAAAUGCGUAACGAUGGCACGUUGGAAAUAGUCGCCGUCCGAGCUUCCGACGUAGGUGAAUACAUGUGUUCAGUAGUCUCUCCUGGAGGAAAUGAAACUCGAUCAGCGCGUCUUAGCGUAAUCGAAUUGCCCUUUGCGCCAAUAAACGUAAUGGCCAGUCGAGUCGAGCGAAUAUCUCCCCGUACGAUAAACGUUAGUUGGGUGCCUGGUUUUGAUGGAAACAGUCCAACCAAGAAGUUUAUAGUCCAGAGAAGAGAGGUUUCCGAUCUUGGACCUAUACCUGAUUCUGCGCUAAAUUGGAUCACCGAAAAUGAUAAUGUUUCGGCGCAAAGUCGUUGGGUGUUGUUGAACAAUUUGAAAGCCGCUGCUGCGUAUCAGUUUCGAGUGAGCGCGGAAAACAGUGUUGGCGAAGGACCACACUCCGAUCCUAGUAAUGUAGUAGCUCUUCCUCAAGAACCUCCUAGUGGGCCACCGAUGGGGUUUGUUGGCUCCGCUCGAUCGUCGUCGGAGAUAAUAACGCAGUGGCAGCUUCCAUUGGAGGAGUAUCGAAACGGCCAUAUUUUAGGAUAUAUGUUAAGAUAUCGUUUGCACGGUUACAACGACAGUCCAUGGACGAUACAGAAUAUUACCAACGAGGCACAAAGAAAUUAUCUCAUUACCGAUCUGAUUACAUGGAAAGACUAUAUUGUGCAGAUAGCAGCGUACAAUGAUAAAGGCGUCGGGGUGUUCACCGAGGGUUUGAAGAUUAAAACUAAAGAGGGAGUGCCGGAAGCUCCUCCGACCAACGUAAAAGCGAAAGCUAUCAAUUCUGUCGCGAUAAAAGUUUGGUGGAAGCCACCGAAUCCGCAAAAGAUCAAUGGAAUAAACCAGGGUUACAAAUUGCAAGCCUGGGUGGGCCAUAAUUUUACAGAAGCAAACGAAUACAAGUCGAUGACCGUGCCACCUAGUCUGUUCGAUCCUCUCGCAGAACAAAGUGCCAUUAUGACUGGGUUGAAGAAGUAUACCCUGUAUAAUAUAACCGUGUUGUGCUUCACCGAUCCAGGCGACGGUGAAAGAAGUUUGGCGGUUCAAGUCCGAACACGCGAAGACGUACCUGAAGAAGUAGAAAAUUUACAGUUCGAAGAUAUAAGCGAUCGAUCGCUUACCGUAAAAUGGAGUCCUCCGAACGAGAGCAACGGGAUUCUCACGCAAUACCAAUUAAAGUAUAUGAUCAAAGACCUACCCGAUUCUCAAAGGGCUGACAAUAUAACGGCAGACGUUCUGUCACUGAAAAUUGAACAUUUGCAAGCAAUGACACAUUACAAGUUCGAAGUAAAUGCUUGGACCUCCGUGGGCCCUGGGAAACCGAGAGUCGCUGUCAUCCAAUCGGGAGUCGAGCCUGUUCUUCCAGAACCACCCACCAAGUUGGCGUUGUCCAAUAUAGAUGCGUUUUCGGUUGUUCUACAAUUCACACCGGGAUUCGAUGGCAAUUCGUCUAUAACGAAGUGGACGGUGCAAGCGCAAACGACUCGAAACACUACCUGGUACAACAUAUACGAAGUCUCAGAUCCUGAUGCUAGUACAAUCACUGUGGGUGGCCUAAUUCCUUUCAUGCAAUACAAAUUACGAUUAAUCGCUAACAACGUGGUUGGUGCGUCUCAGCCUUCCGAGCCAACGAAAGAGUUUCAAACUAUCCAAGCACCGCCGUCGCAUCCUCCCAGAAAUGUAACGGUUCGUGCAAUGAGCGCUACGGAAUUACGCGUCAGGUGGAUUCCAUUACAGCAGAUAGAAUGGUAUGGCAAUCCAAGAGGAUAUAAUGUUACUUAUAACGAGGUGCGGACGAAUACAUCAAAAAGCAUAACUAUAGAGGAUCAUACCGCAAAUUCUUAUGUAUUAGAAAAUAUGGAGGAAUAUGCUCUUUACGAAAUCGUGAUGCAAGCAUUUAAUGACGUUGGCUCGUCUACACUGAGUCCCAAAGCAGUUGAAAGGACUCGUGAAUCAGUCCCUUCGAUGGGGCCCAUUAAUGUAGAAGCAAAUGCAACAUCUUCCACAACUAUACUAGUAAGAUGGGGCGAUGUUCCUAUAGAACAUCAGAAUGGACAAAUAGAAGGAUUCAAAGUCUACUACGGAGCAAAUGCUAGAUCAGCAUUCCAAUACAAAAACAUUCCUAGUAACACUACAUUUACGACGACUUUGACGGAACUUCGAAAGUUUGUUCAGUAUCAUGUACAAGUUUUAGCUUUUACUAGGCUUGGCGAUGGAACUCUAAGCACCCCGCCAGUUAGAGUACAAACAUUUGAAGAUGCUCCGGGGCCUCCUUCGAACGUAUCAUUCCCUGAUGUUAGCUUUACUACUGCCCGCAUCAUUUGGGAUACUCCGGAAGAUCCAAACGGAGAGAUUCUCGCCUACAAAGUUAUGUUUCACCUGAAUAAUAGUCAAGAUCAUCAAUUUUCUAAAGAAUUUCCUGCAUCGGAUAGAACUUUCAGAGCUACUAGUUUAGAACCGGAAAAAUAUUACAUGUUUUCUGUAACCGCGCAAACAAGACUGGGUUGGGGUAAAACAGCGUACGCUCUUGUUUUCACAACAAACAACAGGGAACGUCCCCAGGCGCCGUCGAUGCCGCAAGUAAGCAGAUCGCAAGUACAAAGUCGUCAGAUAACGUUUACCUGGACGCCUGGUCGCGAUGGAUUCGCUCCACUACGUUAUUACACGGUGCAACAAUCAGAAAAUUCAGGACCAUUUCAAAUUAUUCCCGAAAGGGUGGAACCGACCUUAACGUCUUAUACAGCAAAUAAUUUGAAACCCUUCACGUUCUAUCAAUUCCGUAUACAAGCUACUAACGAUAUAGGUCCUUCAACUUGGAGCACAGAAUCUGUUCAAGUUCAAACUUUACCAGCUGCACCUUCUCGAGGUGUCACUGGAUUGAAAGUUGUUCCGAUAACAACCUCUAGUAUAGAGGUUCAUUGGAAUGCAAUAGACGAAGUAUACUGGAGCGGAGAUCACGAAACGGGUGGUUAUCGCGUUAUUUAUCAACCAGUUUCUGAUUUUCCAACGGCCCUUCAAGACACGCCAAAGGAAGAAGUUUUAGGAAUAAAAGCUACAAAAAUUGUCUUAAGUGACCUAACGGAAGAUAGGUAUUACGAGGUAGUGGUACUACCCUUUAAUUCUGAGGGAGAAGGUCCAUCGAGCCCUCCAGUGACCGUGUAUGUUGGAGAAGCGGUUCCUACGGGAGAACCGCAACAUUUAAAAGCAGAACCAAUUUCUUCUACGGAAGUUCAGUUACGUUGGAAACCACCCCAAGCUAACAUGCAGAAUGGAGAUUUAUUAGGAUAUAAAAUUUUCUAUUUGGUUACCGAUUCUCCUCAAGAACUGGAGAACAAACAAGAGGAAGAAAUAGAAGUCGUGCCAGCGUCAUACUUAACGCAUAGCUUAGUUUUUCUGGAUAAAUACACAGAAUAUCGUAUCCAAGUUUUGGCAUUUAAUCCUGCCGGUGAUGGGCCACGGUCUCCGCCCAUUACCGUCAGGACUAAGCAGGAUAUACCUGGGCCACCUCAUAAUCUACAGUUUUCAGAGAUUACAAUGACUAGUCUUCGUGUUUCUUGGGAAGCACCGAAACUACGUAACGGUGAAAUAGUUGGUUACAUUGUUACUUACGAAACAGCAGAACAAAAUGAUCGUUUUAGUAAGCAAGUUAAACAAAAAGUAACAGAAACAAGUUUACUAAUCCAACCUCUAGAAGAGGAAGAGACGUAUACCUUCAUGGUUCGCGCACAAACCAUUGAUUUUGGACCACCCAUAUCGGGAAAUGUUACAACAGGUCCGCAAGAAGGUUCACCGAUAGCGCCAAGUAAUCUUGCUGUUACUAAAACAGUGUCUAGCGUCGAAUUACAAUGGACUAAUGGAGCUUCUGGAAAGGGACCGAUUUUGGGAUACUACAUUGAAACACGUCGAAAAGCAAUGGAAGAAUGGCAGCAUUAUGACAGUCGUUGGCAGACAAUAGUACGCAGUAGUAAUGGACCAUUAACAGAAUAUUCGGUAUCCUAUCAAAAUCUACUGCCGUCUACGUCGUAUCUGUUCAGAGUAAUAUCGUACAAUCGUUACGGCAUCAGCUAUCCGGCAUAUUCUACAGAAACGAUAUUAACUCCAUCAAAGCUGUAUCUUGAAUAUGCCUAUUUACAACACAGACCGUUCUACAGACAAACUUGGUUUAUGGUUACUUUAGCUGCUGCCUCGAUUAUAAUCAUUAUAAUGGUCAUAGCGGUGCUAUGCGUGAAAAGUAAAAGUUACAAAUAUAAACAAGAAGCACAAAAAACUCUCGAGGAGUCUAUGGCAAUGGACACGGAUGAUAGGCAAGAAUCUGAUUUAGAAUUAUAUAGAUCGAGACAAGGAGGAGGUGGAGCUAUCAACAUGGCUAGUGCUUGUGGUACUUUGGGUAAAAGAAACACUCUGUCAAGAAAGUCCAUGCACCCUCCUCCUCCUGCAAUGCUAGGCAAAUCACCUCCUAGACCCUCACCAGCGUCGGUCGCUUAUCACAGCGAUGAAGAAAGUCUCAAGGGGUACGAUGAAAAUCCCGAUGAUAGUAGUGUUACAGAAAAACCUUCUGAAAUUAGUUCAACAGAUUCACAGGGAUCUGAAAGUGAGAAUGAAAGUGUACAGUCGGAUCCACAUUCCUUCGUAAAUCAUUACGCUAAUGUAAAUGAUUCUCUGAGACAGUCGUGGAAGCGUCAAAAACCAGUUAGAAAUUAUUCAUCAUACACCGAUUCUGAACCCGAAGGUAGUGCUGUUGUCAGUUUAAACGGAGGUCAAAUUAUUAUGAACAAUAUGGCGAGGUCGAGAGCCCCUUUGCCUGGCUUCUCGUCGUUCGUAUAAUUCAUUUUUUAAUGAAAAGCUUUUUAUUAAGUAGAUAGGGUGCCGGUUUAACAUAACGACACUUUAAAUCGUUAUGCGACUAUUAAGUUAAAAUGAAUUUGUGCUGAGUCAGGAUUGGUUCCAGUAUUUUAAAAUUAUUUAAGCGAAUUGUUACUUUAGGAGAAAGAGUUGAAAAUUACUAGACAUGUAAGGAGAAACUGGUUGUUAAAAUUUGGAUCGUUCUCGUAGACUAGGGAUAGUUCGUUAGAAUUUUAAUAGCUCAGCACUGAAAUUGAUAUAUACAGAGUUAAAGACUUACGUUGAAACACGUAUUCAUGAGUGUUUCACGCACGCUGACAUUUCGUAUAGUAAUUUUAAUGCUUCUGGCACCAUCAUAUUGUGAUAUAUUGAGAUACAUAUUAUUUAUAAUUUUAGAUAAGGUCGUAAUGUGUAUAAUGAAUAUUUUUACUUUUGUUAAGUAAAUUUAAAUCGGAACGCUGCACGGAUCUCGAAUAAUGCAAUGCUUGCAUUUUUCUAAGUAUAAGAAGUAUACUUCUAAGCCAUCUGUUGACGUGACGUAUAAAAAUGCAAUAGAAUAAUGUUAUUAGUUAAACAAAGAACAAUAUGAAAACGAAAACUGCCAGAGACAACCAGGUAGCAACUAUUAAAAUGAAAAAGGAAACAAUAUUUUAAUACUAAAUUAAUAUGAA